AUGGACAGUGGAACAUUGGGGCCAUGCUUCAAAGGCCUAUGCAGCCCAUAUCCGCUCCCGAGGAGGACCCUCAUAACACCACCCGAAUUCUGCCAUCUGAGAAACAAGGGCCAGAGAGUCCACCGGACCCAUGUACACCACAACUCCUCACUCCAAGAUCCUUCUCUCCAGUUUCCACAAAAUACUGGGACCAGAACUAGCUCCCAUCAAAAGGUUCUGCAAGCUGCCAAGGAUCAG